GGUUGUAUACACACAUAUACGCAGAGAACACACACAGAUUCUUGGGAAAGCAGGGGGAAGGAAGCGUAUUCCUCGUGAGUACUGCAUAUCCUGCAACGCGAUAUACGCUACUACGACCCCAUCCCCCCACAUUAUACGCACAGAAUUUCAACUAUUUAUAGGGAGAGAGAGAGAGAGAGAGAGAGAGAGAGAGGGAGAGAGGGAGGGAGGAAAAAGGUGUUGCUUUUAGGAAGGAAAAGCCAAGAAAAUGAUGUGGGAAGCUGGAGGAUCGACAGCGUCGUCAUCAGCAGCUGGAGGAGCUGGUGGGAGUGGCGGCGGAGCAGGGAGGAGGAAGCCAUCUUGGAGAGAGAGGGAGAACAACAGGAGGAGAGAGAGGAGGAGGAGAGCAAUUGCUGCCAAGAUUUAUGCAGGGUUGAGGGCUCAGGGGAACUAUAAUUUGCCCAAACACUGUGAUAACAAUGAAGUCUUGAAAGCUCUCUGUGCUGAGGCUGGUUGGAUUGUUGAACCUGAUGGGACUACUUACCGCAAGGGAUGCAAGCCAUGCCCAAUGGAGAUAGGAGGCACCUCAGCUAACAUUACCCCUAGCUCCUCCAGAAAUCCAAGCCCACCAUCUUCUUAUUUUGCAAGUCCAAUUCCUUCAUAUCAACCCAGUCCCUCAUCCUCCUCAUUCCCCAGCCCGUCUCGGCGCGAUGCCAAUGCUUCAUCACACCCUUUUGCCUUCCUCCUUAACUCCAUCCCGUCUUCACUCCCUCCUCUACGAAUAUCAAACAGUGCCCCAGUUACCCCACCGUUGUCAUCUCCAACAAGACUCCCUAAACAAACUUUCAAUUUGGAAACCUUAGCCCAAGAAUCCAUGUCUGCAUUGAACAUCCCUCUGUUUGCUGCUUCUGCCCCAGCAAGCCCCAUUCGAGGUCAGCGUUUUACACCAGCCACUAUACCUGAAUGUGAUGAGUCUGACACGUCAACUAUUGAUUCCGGCCAGUGGAUGAACUUCCAAGCAUAUGCAAAUGCCACAGGUGCAGUUCCAACAUCUCCGACAUUCAAUCUUAUGAAACCUGUGGCACACGAAGUUCCACCCAAGGAUGCCAUAAUGUCAGACAAAGGCAAGGGUACAGAAUUCGACUUUGAAAAUAUGGCUGUGAAGCCGUGGGAAGGGGAAAGGAUUCAUGAGGUGGGAAUGGAUGAUCUUGAGCUCACGCUAGGCAGCGGAAACACUCGUUGAUCAUAAACCGUUAAUACUUAAAAUUCAUCCAUGGCGUCCUUUACAGAUACUUGCCGUAGCACUGACAUUACCCAGAAUACGGGUUCAUCUAAAGACUGAUUUGGAGAUAAAAACUUUACCAUUACACAAUAUUAUAGCUUCUUUCUUAUGAGUCUGUGUUCUUAGGUUGGAUUGGUUUUUCAAUUGAUUUUCUGUUCAGUCCCUUAUUCCAUUUUUCCAUUUUUAGCAGUCAUUGGCCCCAUUUUAAGUUUGGAGUGCGUCUACAAGCAUUAUGGUGUAGAUACUGAUAGUCCCUUUACCCAUUGUGAUCAAGAAUUAUGGUUCUUUACAGUAGACUAGUUGGAACUUAUCCACAGUGUAUUGAAUGUUUCUGGCAGACUAUUUUUCUUACAGUUCAAGCUAAUGAUUGUCUACUGAUUUUGGUAAUUAUAAAUACCUCAUAUUCUGCAGUAUUGCUGUCCCCUUUGUGCCUGCAGAUUUCUGCUAAUCCUAUAGAUGCAGCUGCUAUUUAACAUCAUAUUGGGGAAUAUGUAAUUUUCUUUCCUUAUUGUACUGAUUUCCAAGAAACCUGUACAGACAGAAAUAUUCUCCGACUCAA